AUGAGCUCGUCACCGCCUGCUCCUAAUGGCAUCGAUCCAGCGACUUGGAACUCCAUCCUCCACAUUCGCACUGGCUGCUUUCCUACUCUACUCCCCGAAAUCAGAAACGACUACGGAUAUCGGCCGAGCCUUGGCGCCGGAAUCGCAUUUGAUGUGCUCUUCGGCUUGACAUUCCUCGGUCAUGUCAUUCGGGCAAUUCGCUUCAGACGCUGGACGUCUAUUACGUUUGCCAUUGGCGCCCUCACGGAGGCGAUAGGAUGGGCCGGACGAACGUGGAACGCGAAGUGCCCUUACAACCACGACGCCUUCUUAAUGCAGAUCACGACUCUAAUCAUAGCGCCAACCUUCUUCGCAGCCGGACUCUAUGUCCUUCUCGGCAUCCUGAUCAAGCAGCUGGGGUCCCAAACGAGCAGCCUCUCGCCCAGCUCCUAUGCAAUCAUCUUUUGCACUUGCGAUGUAAUUUCGCUUGUCGUGCAAGCAGUGGGUGGUGCCUUGGCAGCCAAGGCUACCGUCGAGCUCAACGGAGACACAACGACGGGGACACACAUCAUGGUCGCUGGGAUCGCAUUUCAACUCUUCACCAUGAGCAUUUUUGCGCUGCUUGUCUGUGACUUCCUCCGUCGCGCCAAAAGAUUGGUGAAGAUGAGGCCCACAAGACUUGCCCUGAUAGCUCUCUUUGUGGCGUUCUUGAUGAUAUACAUCCGGUCCAUCUACCGUACCGUUGAAUUGGCUGAGGGGUGGACUGGGUCCUUGAUCACCCAUGAGGGGUACUUUAUAGGGCUCGACGCAGUCCUUAUGGUGAUCGCUGCUGUUGUUUUCUUGGUCCUUGACCCUGCAGUGUUGCUCCAAAACGAGCCUGUUACCUUGGUAGCUAAAUGA